UUGAGUUUAAACUCUAUAAGUCGGGGAAAUAAACGUGUGACAUGAGGUGUUAUAUGAAUACAUUGGAAAAUACUUAAUAUUGAUUUAAAAAACUAAACGAUAAAACUAAAACAUUCAAGUAGCAUCUUUCGCUCGUACAUAAAAAAAUAAGGACUUACAAUUAUGUGGAUAAAAUUUGUAGCGUUUCUCUCUUGUUGUAUAAUAAUUUCUGCUUACCCUAACGGACCACCAAAAAGCGUGUGUAAAGACGGGAUGCCAGUUCAUGUAAAAGAUGGACGACAUAUAUCCUCCUCAAAAUAUAUCUAGCCCUUUCAUCAUAGACGUCAAUACGACUGUUAUUCGACCGGGAGAAACCAUUCGGGUCAAAGUUCGCAGCAACAAGGGCGAAAUGUUUCGCGGUCUUUUUCUCCAGGUUCAUCCGAUUCCAAAUUCCGCAAAUGACGAAGUUAAAUAUGAAGCCGCUGGUCUUUUCGAUAGAAAGUUAAAAAAUGUGAAGAUCAUGACGUGCAGAAUACUUUUAGACACGUUGACUCAUAAAGAUCCAUUUAUGAAAAUAGAAGCUUCUUUUGAUUGGAGAGCUCCCUUAUAUCUUACACGGAAUCUUGUUGUCAGGGCGACAAUUUUGAAGAAUUUCGACACAUAUUGGCAUAAUGUUAUGUCGCCGAAAAUAACUGUGAUAAAAGACGAAAUAUCCGAAGUUAAAUCUUUGGAGAAACCUUGGCUAAAAGAAAUUAUUAAAACUAUUAAAUCUGAAUACGACGUCAGUGCUAGACGUGAUAUUGUAAGAGCACGAUUUGAACGCGGUUUCAGACAAGCCAUAGAUCGUAACGGUAUUGUUAUGGUUAAUUUUGUAACCAAUUUACUACCGUUUGAAGACAGUCAUGUCCCUAGAGCUCUAAAUUCUAAUCAAUCUGUAUAUUUGAAAGGUGAACCCAUACAAGCAGUUUCGUUAAGUGAUACUUCAAAUGUUACACUGUCAACGAAUGAUACUAAUGACAUAUCUCAAUCAGCAGAAAAUGAAAAUACUACUGACAUAAAUUCUAUUGAAAAAGUCCCUGUCGAGGAGGCUGGAGAGAAUAUAACCGCCGCUGAAGUUGCAACAAAUGUUGAGAGUAGCUUAGACUGGGAUACCGACAACGGAGAGGAGUUUAAUGAUGAAGAUAUAGAUUUUGAUCACAAUGUUGCGGGUUUAUUUAACGAGACAUUUGACAUGUCUCACGAGAAGAAUACGCCCAUGAUGGAACAAUAUUAUGAAGUUCUUGUGAAAAGUUUGUUAAAAGGGGACGAAAUGGUGGCGGAUACACUAAGUGAACUCUUAGAAAAUAACUAAAACCCUCCAUUAAUAUAU